AUGACACAUAAUAUUAUAGUUUUACCAAUCGAACAAUUAACAAAAUUUUCACAAGAUGCAAUUACAGAUUUAACAUAUAUUGUUAAUGAAGGUUAUAAAAAACAAAUAAUCAAGUAUGGUAUUGUAGUUAAUCCACGUAUUCAUGAUAAUGAAUCCUUUUUCAUUGAUUUAUCAUUAAAACCAAAUACCUGUUUAGUUUAUAUUAUGAUUAAAGAUAUUAAUAAAAUUGGUGGACCAAUCAAUAUUAUUAAUGAAACAGAAGAUUUUAAAUUAUAUGAAAUCAAUGAAAAUUAUAUUGAAAAAUAUAGAUUUCCAAUGGAUAAUAUUAUGGCUACAGUAGCAUAUAGACCAUUACCAUACGAUCAAAAUGAAAAUGCUUAUGAAGUGACAGCCUUUUGUUCAUUUGUUAAACGUGGUGGUAUCGAUAUAUUUAAUGGUACAAAGACUAAUUUUAUUAAAAGAUUCCCAAAUUGUAAUGAAUUAAUUGUACGUGUUAUUGUUGAACAUAAUUUAGUUCCAUAUUAUGAACAAAAAUUACAAUUUACAGAGUUUCAUCGUAAUCAUAUUGCUUGUGACAGAUUACAGGAAUCAGGAUUUCAAAAACAUUUUAAAACAAACAGAGAUUUCCACAUUGCAGAUAUGAGACAGUAUAUCUGA